GUGCACAGACAAUAUAUCUUCAGGUGAACAUCCAGCCUCUGUUUUCCAGCUUCCUCUGAAAGACACUUCCCCCAUCAUGACGUCAGCUGGAUGUGUGAUUUUUCCUCCCCAUCCCAGCCUCAAACUGACGCAUUCACAUAUCAGCUCUUCAGCAGCAACAUGAGCUGUAUGUUUCUGAAGACACACACACACCCCUACAUGAGUCAACAUGCUCCCUGAGACUCUCCUGCAGCAGUGAUGGCUGCCUUCAGCCCCCCCGCCCCUCUUCUGUGUAUGCUGCUGUGUGUGUCGGUGGCUCUGCAGCGCUCUGACCUGCGUCUGGCCUAUGUGACCCACAACAGCUUCUUCUACUACUCCUGCAGCCACCUCCCGCAGCCCUGCAGCCUGUCGUCCCUCACAGACUGCAGAUGCAAGGACAUCAAGUCGUAUUCGACUCCUGUUUUCGGGGCAAGACGUUUAACAGUUUGGUUCACAUCACCGCUAAACACGGCACGUCUACUCAACAACUCUGAGGUUAAGCACCUUACUCUCAUCCACUGUGGAUCCAGAGAGACGCUUUCUUCGUCGCUUGAGGGACAUUUUUCUGUGCAGCACCUGGAGAGACUGACAAUGGUGAAAAUGGCGCAGAGGCCCGUUUAUCAAAGUCCAGAUGUAAACACAUUUAGAAACACUAACAGUGACCCAGACAGGGAUAAUGGAGCUCACUUUGACACAAAUAGAUACAACAGGGAUGAAGACACAAACAUGGACGUGGUUGAGGACCUGCAGAGAGAUUCCUUCGAUUUUUCCCCAUCUCAGAUCCAGGACAUCUUCCUGGGAAGGGAGCUGGGAGCAGCUUUUCAUGAACAGGCCCGACUAGGAGUCAUCCACAGCUCGGUGCUGGAGUGGGGAGCGGAGGCCAAAGCCUACACUGUCCAAACACAUAUAGACAACGACGGCAUGCUGCCCUUUCAGGACCUCCACCUGCCGAAACUACCAGAGACUUCUGUCAUAUAUGUCAGCUUUGUGUACUGAUACUGAGCUACUCAGAACAACAACAGGAAGAUGAUCCAGUGUUCCAGACCUGCAAACAAUCACUGUCAUGCUCAGCAGGGGUCCUGUUACAAAAACAAUCUUGUUUCUUAAGUUAUCAUGGAAGAUUAUUAAGUCUGGUUUUUCCCAAUUGCUUUUCUCUUGCUUAUCAAACAUGUCUGUUAACCAAUGGCUACCAAACUUUUCUGUUUCUCACAUGACCGGGCUAAAUUACUUUGUAUUUUUCAUUGUCACAUACUAAAAAAUACAUUGACAAAUACAAAGAUUGAGCAGCAAUCAACACUCAAACCUGAGUUAGAUAGUUACGUAUAAAGGAAUGUUGACAUUUUUAAUUACAUUUAGGAACUUUUUUCUUUUUUUUCUUGCAGGCAUACGUCCCUGAUUUACAUGGAUAACUGUUUUACUCCAGAAUGAACACAAAUAUUUGCAGACACUCAAAAACAAGAAAACUAAACACAAUUUUUAUUGUCAAAUAGCUUUAAUUGAAUUUUCCCAAGUAGCCUAGAAAGCAUGCAUAGCUGUUUUUCAGCAUGAUAGGAGAAAAUAUAUCAACUAAUGAGACCCUCUGAGGGACCAUAACAGCAGCCAACCGCCUCCAGCUGACGAGUCCUUUGUUUCUGAAAUGAGAAAAUGGUGUAAUCCCUAAUAUAAAAUGAUAUUGGAGAUCUGGUGGCUUUGUGAAGUUUAUUCUCCUCUUGUUUUUCCUCUCCACGCCACCAAAGAGAGCUACCAUCAAGAAAUUCAUCCAACAAAAGUUCUGAAUUCACACUGACUGAAAACCUGCUGGCUGUUUUUUCUACUGUUCAGAAUGCCACGUUUAUCAGAUGAGAAAAACAGAAGGGUUUAGUAUCCAAGCCGAAUUGGAGGGAGGAAAUUCCACAGAUUUGGACUUUGUUUCAGAAUAAAUCCUUCCCAGCUC